ACGUUGUGGUUGCUGACGUCACAUCAUUUUGACUGGGAGCAAGAUGGCGGAGGUCGGUUCUGUUUGAAUUGAGUCAGUCGUUUGGUUAGAGUUGGACGAGAUUUGCGAAGUAAUUCAUGUUUUGUCAGUGAAUAAAGGCGUUGAUUCGACAUUAUAAGAAGAAAUGGAUUGCAAUCGAGAGACAAUUCUCGAUGAAUUGAAUGAUUUCGAAAAGAAAAGGCCUAGUGAAAUUCCUCCUAUUUUAGAUGAUUAUUUGGUACGGAUUGCAAAAACAGGAGAUAUCAUGUUUCCUUGGAACAAAUUAAGACCCCUGUUUCGACGUAAACUAGAAAUCGUUCUGAACGACUUUUACGAGACUUGUCCAGCAGAUAAUUUACCCAUACUUCCCAACGUUGAAGCUUUUAAGUAUGAAGUCAUGCGCAGCAAGUUAAUGGAAGCUUUGGAUUCGUUUCAGAGUGCACCAUUUACAAUUCAGCGACUCUGCGAAUUGGUGACAAAUCCUAGAAAACAUUACAGACGCACAGAUAAAUUCAUGAGAGGAUUAGAAAAGAAUAUUCUUGUUGUCAGCACUAUCGAACCAAAAUCCUCAUCAAUACAUGAAGUUAAUCAUAAUGGAAAUAAUGCAGUAAUUGUAAAUGGCCUCAUCAGUAAUUCAUCCAACAUCAUCACCGACAAUUCUGCACUCAACAGCAAUCUCAAGGACAACCCUCCAUUAGACAACUUUGCCAGCGUAUUUUCUGCCUCUACCAUUGCAUCUACAGUUACGGCUACGAUGGAAGUGGAAGUGUCAAGCAUGACCCAAGAUAACGACAUCAACUCUCACAUAGAUCAUUCUGAUGAUGAAGACAUUAAUCACAUUACUGCAGAAGUGGAGAGUACCGUCGGGCAUCCAGUCGUUAGUGCAAUGGACAUCUCGCCUGAUAUCAGCGAUGAUAUUGAAGAAAAAGUGCAUAACCAAAUUGAACCAUGCACAUCUUCAACAGUAAAUAAUUUGCAGAAUGUUCCUUGUUCAGAAAAUUCAUCGUGUGGGGAGAUUUCAUCCGAAGUCGAGACAGAUAUUAAUUCUUCUUCUGAUACUCAAAUUGUUCCAGAAAAUACAAAAUGCAUUCUUGAGGAAGACAAUCCUACUUCUGACGUUUACACAGAAUCUCACAACGUCAAUCCCAACGAUGCGGUCGAAGAGGAGGAAGAGAAAACAACAGAUCUAGAUGUGGAAAGCACUGAAAUUAUUGCCAGUGAACAGAUCAGCAGCACCACUAAUUUAAAUCUUGUUGAUCCACAAACCGUGGAACUGUUUGCAAGCAGCACUAAUGAAUUAGAAGUGGGUAGCAUUGUUUGUAAUUUAAAGGAGAUAAAAGAUCAGAAGAAACAGGAAAUAAUGGAAACCGAAGCUUCUCUGACUAAAGAAGAGAAAACAGUGAGCGACGAAGCAGAACCGAUGGAACAAGACUGAAUGUUAUUUAUAGUUUAUAAUCAGAUUUAAGAGAUAUCUGCCAAAAUGUUUAUGCAGAAUAUUUGCACAAGUAGGUAAUGUCUAGUGUUUGUGUCACAACAGUUGUACAAACAAUUAUUGCAGUUCGAAAGAGAUCAUUAUUUAAAAUAGACAAAAAAAAAAGCUGUAUUCUUCCAUUGUUUUUGUUAAUCCAAUUUGUCUUCAACUCCCGCAGCUAAAAAAAUAAUUCAUUCCUGUACGGUGAUAAUGGGAAAUGUGUUUUGUAUAUAAGUACCCAUUUUGCUCCAUGCUCUUAGAGUUUUUGUGCAAGGCUACUUUCCAUCAAUAUUUUAUAUGUUGUAAAAUAACAAUUUGAAUUAUUUUUCUUUCAGUUUUAAUUAUAUAUACAUAGAUUUAAUGAAUCCUACUUAAUUUUUAUUUUCUCAAAAUUGCUGUUUGAAGCGGUCGUCUCCUCAAAUAACUCUUUUGUCUUUGAACAUUUCGGUAGUGUAAUCAAGAAAUUUGCAUUAGUUUUCAGUCGUGGUUUUCGAUGCAAACUUCUAAGAUAUAUAUAUGCAACUUUUGAGUUUAAUCCAAAUUGUAUUUUGUACAAACACUUCUAUGAUAUGUAUGUUAAAAAAUUCAGUUUAAAUAUCUGUACAUGUGGAUGUAAUUUAUGGUGUAUGUCAGGAUCAUUUGGUACAUAUAUUUAUGUGAAUUGGUAGAUAAAGAUGUACAGUUUAGAAUAGUUAUAAAUUUUAUUAUCAUUUUAGAUGAUUUUCCUGUUACUCUCGGAGUUUCUUUGAAAGUCACCUGUGCAUGUUUUGUUAUAUGAAAUUCUGUUUUUAUCAUAAAUGCAGAAAGAAAGAGAAUCAUUUUUGUGGUAAGUGUUCUGUAAAUACAUAAUACACUCUGGUAUGUAUAUUUAGAGAAAAUUUAAAGCAUGAAUCUGCCGUAACAUCCUUUUCUAAAUUAAACACCAUAUCCAUACAUGGUUAAAGAAAGAAGAAAAUCUGUUGCCGAAUUGUAUAUUUUUUUAAAACCAGACCACGAAAGACAGACGACAAAAAGUUCAUUUAUAGAUAAUUUUUUUUUAAGAUGUUUUCAAUGUAAUUUGCUUGGAAAUUGUGCCAAAAACCAAGAAAAAUGUUAGUUUUACUUGUUUCAAUUGUUUGCAAGCAUAGUAUUUCCACAGUUUCUGUCUUGUAUUAAGAUUGUUCCAAGCUCUAACGGAGGGUAGAGUCCGACUCCUUGCAGCAUUUUAGACACCGUUUUUUAUCUCGGGGCUCCGUGGGCGCUCGAGACGAGGCCGCGUCGCAUCCAGAGUGCGUCUCGACCCCUCUCCUUUUAAUCUUUAAUUAUUUUAUACUUGUAAAAACAGAAUUUUGAUCCUAUUGGUGUGAACUUUAAGCAUCUUGUGAAAGGUUGUGUUGUACAUAAAAAAAAAAAGAGAAAGAGAAAUACCGAGAAGAAUUAUUUGAAACGAGCAGCAGGAUUUGGCUCCUUGAAUGCACAAAUUGUAAUUGUAAAAAAUUUUUAUAAUUAGUGGAAAUAAAAAUUUACA